AUGCCCCCCCCAACGGCACUGACCAGAGCCCUCCUCCUGCUCGUCCUCGUCCUCCUCCUCGCCAGUAGGGCAAUUGCACACAGCAGCAGCCCACAGCCAAACAACCAUGCCAAACACCGAGCACAAGUACCCGCCGUGCCCGAGAUCGAGCCAAUAGCAGCGCUCUCUGCCGGCUGGGCGCUCCAGACGGCGACGCCCUGUCCCGCCGGCACACACGGCGCCCCCGCGGGCUGCUGCCCGCACGGGACCGUGCUGGUCGACUAUACGCCGAGCAACACGCAGGCCGCGGAGGUCAUCUGCUGCCCGGAGGGCGAGGAACGGGGCGAGUGUAUACGUGCGCUGGAAGCCCGCCCUGCCUGUGCGGACACGGCGUGGGGGCUGCGGACGGACCGGCGCGGGGGUAGGAGGUUCUGCUGCGGGGGCGGGGAGGGCGGCGGGGAUGGGUGCCCGGGUUUGGGUGGUGGGGUGCAGAGGAGGCAGCAGACGGAAUACGAUUCAAGAACCAGCACCUACUACCUCACCACAUCCGCAUCCACAUCCACAUCCGCCACCACCACCACCGCCACCUCCUCCUCCUCCUCCCCCACCUUCACCACAAUAACCGGCAGCUCCCUCCCCACCGCCAUCCCCACCGACACGCCCAUCCCCCCCACCCCCACAAGAACCUCCCGCAACCGCAACCGCAACCGCACCAUCGGCAUCGGCAUCGCCAGCGCCGGCGCCCUCGUCGCCCUCGUCGGCUUCAUCUGGCGCUGCCACUCGCGGCGCCGCCGCCGCGCCAGAACCGCGUCCCCCGGAGGCAUGGACGCAGACGGGGCCAAGCAGGCUGUGAAUACGGGUGUAUCGGAGCUCCCUAUUGUCACGACGCAGCAGAUCAUGACUGGUGGGCAGGACGGGGGCACGGGCGCGGGAACAGGGCCUGGGGCGGGUGGGGCAGCGCAGGGGACGUAUACGUGGGAGCCGGUGUAUCGGCCGCCGGUUGUGGAGGCACCGGCGGUGGAGCUGCCGGUAGGGGGUGCGGGGGAGGGGUGGCGCAGGAGUUGA